AUGUAUUCGCAGUCCAUUCAAAGGUCGGGUAGCGUUACCGACGACACAAACCUCUCUCCUUCUCCAACAGAGAAACCAAUCGAUGCGCUCAUCAAAGAACUUUCGUAUUUGAAUCGAAUUCUGUUACUUCAUGUGAUUGAAGGCGAUAUAAUCCAUCAGAUCUUCAAACAGCUGUUUUACUUCAUGUGUUCGAGUUCUUUGAAUAACCUAUUGUUACGCAAAGACUUAUGUCAUUGGAACAAAGCGAUGCAAAUCCGGUUCAAUCUGUCGUCUUUAGAGCAGUGGUGUCGCGAACAACAGAUCCCCAAAUGGAACGAAUGCGUGGAGAAGUUGGAGCCCAUAAUACAGGCCACAAAACUUCUUCAGACACGCAAAUCCGAAGAACACAUCCCAACGAUUGUCGAAAUGUGUAAUAAACUCAGUUCGUCACAAAUCAUAAAAAUACUGAAUCUUUACACCGCCGGCGAUGAGGAGAGGAUUUCGAGUAACUUUAUAAAAAUGGUUCAAAAACACUUGGCUGAACAGAGAAAGACCGAGGGCACAAAUACAACACUUUUAAUGGACACGAAAUACGCGUUUGCGUUCACAAUACCAUACAUUCCAACGGACGUCAAACUUCAGAGUAUAUCUCUUCCGUCUGUUUUAGUCAAGAAGGGUUUGGCGACUGUUCUCAAGAAGAUUUGAAUUAACCAUAGAUUCAAAGUUUUAAUUAUAUAUUCCAUUGAUUGAGC